CCUCCUAAAAAUUGAGCCUUUUUGCGCGUCCUCGAUCGAACAGGGCCGUCGUUUCUGACCAGUAAUUUGAGGGAUUUUGGCGUCACGGUCUUUUUAGGCGAGAUCCCCUCGCCCAAUUAUGAGCUGAUUCUUGCUCGAGAUGAUUUGGAGCAUGCGAUCAGACAGAGUUUGGGCAUGAAUUCAACCGGAAAAUGCUGUGGGUUUAUUUCCAAGAAUAAAUUUUUAGAGUGCUCGAAAUUUGAAUUUCUGUUUGUGAGCCUUAUCUCUUGAGAACACGUGAGGCAGCUGCUUCAUGCAGUGAAGCAAGUUGCUGAAAAUUGACACCUUGGACAUGCUUCAAGAUUCGAAGAAAGACUUGAGGAUUCCUGAAAUCUGGUCUGCUGGUCAUCUUAUCUGAAUUGCUUGUUACAUUAAGCAGCUAUCAGAUUCAGAGAGUGCAGCAUGGCCGAACCUCUGAUGAAAGCUUGUAGAAAAGCAUCAAAGCCAUAUGAUUUCAAGAGAGUAUCUUCUAGUCCCAAGGAUCAUAUUCAGCAAUCAAAAAGACCAAGGAAGGGGGAAAACCCUGUUCGAAUUCCACCGAGUCCUGACCACUGCCUUGAUUUCAAAUCAUCUAACUCGUGGACCUGCAAAAAUUCUGCAUGUCGAGCUACACUUUCAAUAGAUGACACAUUUUGCCGGAGGUGCUCUUGUUGCAUUUGCCAUUUAUUUGAUGACAACAAGGAUCCAAGUCUUUGGUUGGAGUGUGUAUCUGAUUCUGGUUUAGGAGACUCAUGUGGGUUGUCAUGCCACAUUGAAUGUGCUCUCCAACAUGGUAAGGUCGGGGUUGUUGACCUGGGACCAUUGAUGCAGUUGGAUGGAAGCUAUUGUUGUGCUUCAUGUGGCAAAGUUGCAGGGGUACUUGGAUGCUGGAAAAAGCAGUUGAGUAUAGCUAAGGAUGCUCGUCGUGUUGACAUCCUAUGCUAUCGGAUAUUUUUGAGUUUUAGGCUCCUGGAUGGGACUUCUAGAUUCACUGAGCUCCACGACAUUGUUAGAGAUGCAAAAUCCACAUUAGAAACAGAGGUUGGUCCAGUCGAUGGAGUUUCAGCAAAAAUGGCACGGGGUAUUGUUGGUAGACUCUCUGUAGCUACUGAGGUGCAGAGGCUCUGCUCUCUUGCUGUUGAAAAAGCUGACAAACUGAUGGCCUCGAAAUCUACUGCAGCCAUCUUGGAGGGUUCACUUCCUGCAGCUUGCAAAUUCCUAUUUGAGGAGGUGACGUGUUCUUCAGUAGUACUUUUGUUGAUCGAAUUAUCAACUGCUACAAUCAAGGAUAUCAAGGGCUACAAACUCUGGUAUUGCAAGAAAAGGGAAGAGGUUUACUCUAAAGAGCCUGUUUUUGUCUUUCCAAGAGAUCAGAGGAGGAUCUGGAUAUCCAAUUUGCAGCCUUGCACGGAGUACUCGUUCCGGAUCAUAUCUUAUACCGAAGCUGGUGACUUUGGGCACUCAGAAACAAAGUGCUUUACAAAGAGUGUAGAACUUAUUCACAAGAACCAGUAUUCUAGUGCUGAAAGACCUGAAGUGGAUGCAUCACAUGCAGGAAGCUCUAGUUCCAAACAAAAUCACAGGACUGAUGAAAUAGAACUAGACUCAGGAUUCAAGGUCCGAGAUCUUGGAAGAAUCUUGAAGCUCGCUUGGCUGCAGCAUCAAGGCUAUUUGGAGUCAUUUUAUGGUUUACAUGUCAAUAAAUGUGGUAAUGAUCAUGGCAUAGUUAAGCAAGAAACUCAGCAAGACAAGCCGGCAUCUGUUGCACGUCAACUUGACUUGAAUGUUGCUUCUGUGCCUGAUCUGAACGAGGAGUUCACACCUCCUGUUGAAUCAUCUAGGGAAGAAGAAAACGGGUGCACUUUAGGGCAAUCAGUUGAGGCAGAUGAUGCUAUCUCUCACGGCAUACAUAGAAAAUGUGGAGAAGUAGCUGCUGAUUCCAAGUUGGUUGGUUGCUAUAAUAUGCUACAAAACGGCAAUAGGGAGACACGGGAUUCUGAUAGCACUCUGACAAAUGGAUCCCCAUUCCAAGUUCAGAACGACCUAUGCUUGGAUGAGAACUUUGAAUACUGUGUAAAGAUCAUCCGUUGGCUGGAAUGCGAGGGGCAUAUUAAGAAGGAUUUUAGAUUGAAGCUGCUGACGUGGUUCAGUCUAAGAUCCUCAGAGCAGGAGCGCAGAGUGUUGAACACCUUUAUACAGACUUUAAUUGAUGAUCCGAGUAGUUUGGCAGGACAGUUGAUCGACUCAUUCUCAGAUAUAUCCAGCAAAAGGCCACAAAAUGGCUCCUGCAGUGAGUUUCGGCAUUAAACUUUGUUGGCUAUAUAGACUUGUGAUUGAUUAAACUUGACCACGACAUUGGCUUUUGUGUACAGGCAUUUUAUGCUGAGUCAAGUGGGAGCGAUUUGUUGGUACUAAUGGUCGUCUAUUAAGCUAGCACAGAUAAGAACAUCAUCCCUGAUUCAUUUACUGACUGCGUAUUGUUUGAGGAAGAAUCUCACGCAUUGUGGGAUGAUUUUUUUCAGUAGAUAAGCCACCUCCUGAUUGCUUAUUGACUAGUGAAUGUAGAUUCCAUUAAUUCUAGGCAUGAUUUUUGUUGGUAGACUCCUAUGCUUAUUUGUAUCUACAUUCUAUCUAAAUUUAAAUGUAGAUGCAGACUGCUGCUGUAUUACUCCACUUAUCUUUUCAUUAUUUUAUAUAAUUGAAAGGCUAUUUAUAAUA